AUGUUACCUUUUACAAUUCUUAUUCAUAAUUCUAAUGCCGUUCCAUUGUCGUCGACAGAUUCUAUACCAUUGACAUCUUUUCUUGAGGAGCCUUUCCAAAAGCCACAACAAUCGUCAUUUAACCAAAACGCACGUUUGCUCUCGUUACUAUCCAACAUAUUUCUUUGGAUCGUUUUCCUAUCGACGGUUACUGUAUUACAAAUCGGAAAACAUCAAUUGAGUACGACUGUAAAAUUGAUCUAUGGCUUGACAAUGUUGGUUGUCAUUCUCAUCUGUUACGUAUUCAUUUUAUUUGAAUCGAAAGGCUGUACCGAACAACUUCUUCUGAAGAAACGCCUACAGGUUAAUAUAAUCAAGCGAGAAUUAGGUUUGAUGCAAAAACAGCCGAAGCUGCUGACUUAUCUAACAGUUACAGCAACGAAUUAUUAUAAUAUUGUACGGAGAAAGUAUAUUGAUCAUCAACUUUAUGAUAGAUCACUGUGGUUACGACUUCAAUCGAGUUUUUAUCAAGAAAGUCGGCUGAUUGAAACGCCAUUUCUUACUCGUCAAUAUUACAUAAAUAUUCCUGAUUUUCUCAUCAGUGAAAACCAUCUAUGUCAAAUCUUGUUUGUGUUUAACCUAUCCAUUAUCGGUCGCGAUGCUCGAAUUGUUCACGACGACAUCAAACAAGAAUUUCAACGCCUUGAAAACAAAUUAUUCAGUCCCAACAACGAACACGAAAUCGAUUCGAAUCAAUUGAAUAAACUCGCUCGUGUACAACAACACAUACAUUUUCACUUCAAUGAUCCGAAACAACACGAUCUUCUGGUAGGACAACGACGUACUUGCCUGACAUAUGAAAAUAAAACGAAAAUCUACUAUCGAUGGUUCCUAACUGAAAACAGCUUUUGGAUAAUGACAUGUAUUGGUUUAUCAUGGCUAUUUCGUGCGAUAUUCGCAUGUUUAAUAACUCAAAUCACUGUUCCCAUUUAUAUUGAAAUUGAAGGAGCAAUGCCUUUACAAUCAUCGAUUAUCAAUUAUGAAAACAAUCCUAAACGAUCGAAUAAAAUCUAG